AUGGAGGCUUUGAAGAUGAAGACUCCAUGUCCCCAGCCUCCCCCGGGAUGCACAAAAAAAUCUUCCGGAGGUGGGAGUGGAGACCCUUUGUGCAUAAGCACAAACAACAGUCAGAUACUUCCUCUCAGCGACUCGCAGUUGCAAAGAGGUGACCCUCUCAUUCUCUGGGGAGAACUCCAACACAGUGAUGCUCAGCCAGGGGCUCUUGAGUAUCCUCACACCCGCCUGGCCCUUCUCACCCUGGGCAGCUCCGGAAAAGACAAGAGUACAGCCCCUCUCCAAGAAUUUGGUUCCAGAACCAGAGCUAUGCGUGGACCGAGCAGGGGCCAGAGUUCAGCUUUGUUCAGUGCAGUGAAAAGCCGUCGCAGCGCUGUGCAAGCCGCAUUUUGUUGCAAAUAUUAUCUCAGUAUUAAUGAUCAUUUAUGCAUGGAACUUAAAUCCUUUAUCAACAGGUCUGAUGAUUUCUGUAAUGAAUCAGCAAAUGUAUCUGGCAUGACAGCAGUUACAACUUCAAGUUUGUCAACUGUUUUCAUCGGCUGUUUAUCAGUUUUCAUAAUGUGUGGAAGCCUUCUUGUAAUAAUCUCCAUCAUUUACUUCCAACAGCUCCACACUCCUACAAACUAUCUGAUCCUCUCUCUGGCUGUGGCUGACCUGCUUGUUGGGGUUUUAGUUUUACCUUUUAGUGUUACACUGGCUGUAUGCUCAUGUUGUUAUCUCGACUUACUCUGUAAGGUACGAGGCACCUUGGACAUGUUUCUGUGCAUGUGUUCUAAUUUGAAUUUAUGUUGUAUUUCUGUUGACAGAUAUUACGCAGUGUGUCAGCCUCUGAGGUACAGAAGUAAAAUAAAUGUUCGUACUAUUGUCAACAUGAUCCUGGUGAGCUGGACUGUUUCUGCACUAUUUGGAAUUGGAAGCACAAUUUUGGGAAUGAACCAAGGCCAAUCUAACAGGUGUCGUUUUUUUCAACACACAAUAAGGCCGACUGCAUUUAUGGUUGCAAUUUUUGCGUAUUACCUCCCAGCUAUCGUAAUGUUCUCCAUCUACCUAAAGAUUUUUAUGGUGGCGCAGAGACAGGCACGCAGCAUCCAGAACACAACCUGUCAAAACAAAAAGUCUGGAGCAACUAUCAGUAAAAUGGAGAGAAAAGCCACUAAAACUCUGGCUAUUGUGAUGGGAAUAUUUCUAAUCUGUUGGACUCCUUUCUUUCUUUGUAUCUCCUUUCACAUUUUCAAUAAUAAUGCAAUACCACCUCCUGUGAUUGAAAUGCUUAAGGGGCUUGGAUGGUCAAAUUCAAUGCUUAAUCCAUUUGUCUAUGGUCUCUUUUACACCUGGUUUCGAACAGCUUUCAAAAUGAUAAUUUCUGGCAAAAUAUUUCAAGGUGAUUUUACUAAUUAUAAGCUCUAUUGA